AUGCCUCAGCUACGAUCCAACGGCCCAAUGGUUGUCAUCGAAUCGCCAUUGCCAUAUUGGCAAGUCAAUGUCGAACCCAGUGCGAGAACAGAAGAAUGCCCGGCAGCGCUGCUCAAACUUGAUGAUAAAGACAUUGGCAUCCUGAGCACGCCCGAUGCCGAUUACCAAGCGCAAUCUUGGGCCGAGGUGCGGCACCUGACGGCGACAAAUCACCUCGAGCACUUCCGUCGUGUGCCGUCCGAUUUACGCCAGUACAGGGUCUUCAUCUACGAUCUGAAGCAAGAACAUGGCAGCGUGAUGAACUUUGUUCUGAAGUACAGGUUGGGCUGGCAGGCACCCAUCAUACCAAGAGGCAGACCAUUUGAGUAUGGAGAGGACCUUAAAGUGCUGCACAACGACUGGCCGUAUGGAAUUGACCCACGGAUCAAGCACUUGAUCGUGUGGACAAAGUUUGACUUGGAAGAGGAUCCAGAGACGGGCGACUUGAGCGAUGAGACGAGGAGAAAAGUCGAUGGGUACGUGAAUGAAGCGUUUCGCGCUCAUAUGCCAGAUGAUACGGUCAUUUGGUUCCGCAAUUGGAGUAGUCUCAAAUCCAUCCAUGCAGUCGAGCAUUUUCACGUCAUGCUCUUUGACCCGCCGGAGGGCUUCAUCCAGCAAGUCACCGGUGGCGACAUCCCGUUGUCUGUUCUGACGAGACAGCAGUAG